AUGCCGUUGGAUCUAUCCCUGUACCUGGUCACGGACUCGACCCCGGCCAUCCUUAAGGGUCGUGAUCUCUGUACCGUAGUAGAAGAGGCCCUCAAAGGAGGUGUGACGGUGGUGCAAUACCGAGAGAAAACUAGUGACACUGGCGAGCAGGUGCAAACAGCCAGAAAGUUGCACCAGAUUACGCAAAAGUACGGGGUCCCCUUGCUGAUCAACGACCGAGUGGAUGUUGCUCUGGCCGCGGGAGCUGAAGGAGUUCAUCUUGGCCAGGAUGAUAUGACCAUCCAGGAGGCCAAGAAACUUUUGCCUCAAGACGCCAUCAUCGGCAUUAGCGCUGGCAACAUAGAAGAAGCUCAAAGGGCCGUGGCUGCUGGCGCCGAUUAUCUCGGAAUCGGAGCAAUGUUCGCGACUCCAACGAAAACCAACACGAAGUCGAUUCUCGGCACAUCUGGCACCCAGACUAUUCUCAACGCCAUCUCAGACUCUGGCCGCUCCGUCGGGACCGUGUCCAUUGGCGGCAUUAACCUCUCUAACGUGCAGCGAGUCUUUUACCAGUCCAAGUCUCCCAAGAAGGGAUUGGAUGGCGUCGCCAUUGUUAGCGCUAUCAUGGCUGCCGAGGACCCCAAGGCUGCCGCGGAAGCGUUCGUGAAACAAAUUGCUACUCCGCCUCCUUUCGUGCGUGGGCCAGCGCCCCAGGCUCGGGAGGUCUCUGCCAUGGUUGAAGACGUGCCACAAAUAGUCCAGAAGGUCGUCCAGGCACAUCCCCUUGUACACAACAUGAUCAACUUUGUUGUAGCGAACUUUGUGGCCAACGUUGCCCUUUCAAUGGGCGCAUCACCGAUCAUGUCUCCCUACGGCGAUGAAGCCGUUGAUCUCGCCCAGUUCGACGGCGCUUUGCUCAUCAACAUGGGCACCCUGACCAGCGAAAGCGUUCCCAACUAUCUCAAGGCUAUCAAGGCAUACAACUCUCGCGGAAACCCUGUUGUCUACGACCCUGUCGGCGCAGCUGCCACCCACAUUCGACGCGGAGCCGUCAAGCUGCUCAUAGCAGGUGGAUACUUUGACCUCAUCAAGGGAAACGAAGGAGAGAUUCGGCAGGUCUACGGAAGUAGUGGCGUGACUCAGCGUGGUGUCGACAGCGGACCAAGCAAUCUUAACAACCAAGCGAAGGCUACGCUGGCCCGGGAUCUGGCUCGGAGAGAGCAUAACGUCGUGCUUCUCACUGGCGCUGUCGACUAUCUCAGCGAUGGAGAGCGAGUGUUUGCCGUUGAGAAUGGACACGAACUGCUUGGACAAGUCACCGGGACCGGAUGCGCCGUUGGUACCGUCUCCGGUUGUUUCUUAACCGCCCACCCGACCGACAAGCUUCUCGCCGUCCUGUCCGGAAUUCUGAUGUACGAAAUUGCCGCCGAGAAUGCAGGCUCCAGGAAUGAUGUCCGCGGACCGGGGAGCUUUGUCCCGGCAUUCCUGGACGAGCUGUACGCCAUCCGCCAGGCUGCUCUGAAGGGCGACCACAGCUGGAUUGCCGGACGGGCCAAGGUGCAGGAAGUCAAGCUGUAG